UGAUCGUCGCCGUCGUCGUCGUCGCAGUCGCGCAGCAUCGUUUCGUUCGGCGUCCUCGGGAGUUGUGUGUCCUGUUGUGUAGCAGUAACAGUAGAGCGGACGUAGCACGCGCCACGCGGAAGGGAUUUACCUACACACCCCCAUCCACCCACCCAGCCACCGCCGCCAACCCAACCGGUGGUAGUGUCUGUAGUUGCCACCGGGUGCAGGUUGCAACAAGUGCACUCCCUGCGUCGUCGUUGUUGUCGGUCAGUUGUGCUCCGGUUCUAAACGCGUACGGUUCCUUGCGGUGCGGUAUAUAGUGAUUACUUAAUCAAGUGUGAUCGAUCAAGUGAUCGUGAUACAGAGGGCGAACAAGGCGAUACCGCGAUCUACUUGAAGUACCUUAUUUGCGGUUCAAUCCCGGAGUUAACUACGUCGAUUUGUCAACGUCGAAGCGGACCUAUUAGUGUUCCUAGUUAUCGCAGUGACCCGGGGAUUCGGGGAUCAAUCAAUACAAUUGAGUGUAAAUUGGAUCAUUGAGGACCGCCAACCCAACCGCCACAACAACAACGAAAAAUCGAAACAGUAACAGGGCAGAGUGCUAACCGGUACGACAAACAACACAACAAGGGAGACACAUUUUUACGGGACCAAAAAACCGUCGGAUCUGUAACGACCAACCACGCGUGUCGUUGAAAACUAUAUCACCCGAAAGCGAGAGAGAUCACGCGUCUGCGAGGAUCCGAUUCCGGCAUAUCCGCCAAGUUGGGGCACGUGCCACACGCGUCGUGAGAAUUGCUUGUGACAACUUGUACGGGGCGUUAACUAGAGCUCGCCGGAGGGCCCCCAUUUUGUGAGUCCCUCAAAUUUGUGACAUUUCAAUGAAGAGUGAAGCGACCGAUCGAUCGAUGAGCGCUGUGGUGUGUUCAUAACAGGGUGAACAAACACUUUGUACCACCACCGUUUGCGUGUGUGUGUGUGGGUGUGUGUUUUGUAUGUGUGCCUGUGUGUACGUAUGUGUGUGUGUGCCUGUAUCCUGUACGGACGAAGUCAUUUGAUUGAGUGUGAAAAUCGCAAAACCGUGAAGUUGAAGUCGUUUGGAUUGAAGGAUUGAGUGCAUUCGGCGUCAGAGAGAGAGAGAGAGAGAGGAUUUGGAAGGAGAGCUACUCGUUCACCAGCUACUAGCCGGCGCAGCAGUUUGACAAGAUGAAUCAGCAGUGCAAAGUGUGUGGUGAACCGGCGGCCGGAUUCCAUUUCGGUGCCUUCACUUGCGAAGGCUGCAAGUCCUUUUUUGGCCGAUCGUACAACAAUCUAUCGUCGAUCUCGGAGUGCAAAAACAACGGCGAAUGUAUCAUCAACAAGAAGAACCGGACGGCGUGUAAAGCGUGCCGGUUGCGCAAGUGUCUGAUGGUCGGCAUGUCCAAGAGUGGCUCACGGUAUGGACGUCGCUCGAAUUGGUUCAAGAUACACUGUCUGCUGCAGGAGCAACAGCAGGCCGCCCAGCAGCACCAACAGCAGCAUCAGCAGCAGCAACAGCAGCAGCAGGGCAAUCACCAGAAAACCCCGCAGCAGAUCGGUAUGCAUCCGGGCAUGUUCCAUGGUGCCUACCCGCACGGGAUGUACCCGAGGCCACCGUGCACCAAGGAGGAACUGAUGCUGCUCGGUCUGGAGGAGUACAGUAAGCAUCCGUCGGCUUCGCCAUCGGUCAGCUCUCCGGAUAGCCACAAUUCGGACAGUUCGAACGAGAUCAACGAUCGACGUAAUGCGCUGCUACGGCAGGGCAAGCUACACCACGAAGCGGCCGCCCUCAGUAACAAGGACCUCUUCCUGCCACUGCCAUUCGGUGGAUUGCCGUUGAUGCCACCGCCGGGCUUUCUGCCUUCGUCGCAUCUCAUGUUUCCGGGCUUCCAUCCGGCGCUCUAUUCGCAUCCACAGGCGGGUCUGCUAAAACCGGCCGAUUCGCAUCUGACGCUGCCCAGUUCGCCCUUAGCGAACAACAACAACAGUCGCUUUACGCCAAAUCAUAAUACCGAACCGAGUGCACACCCGGUAACGCCCGGUAGCAAUGGUAACGCCAAUGAGAAUGCCAGCGGCAAAUCACCGGAUCCGUACGCGAAGCGCUUCAUUUUGGAUCAGGUGCUGGAAUCGCAGCGUUGUCCGAGCAAUGGUACGGCCAAUGGUAGCGAUAAGGAGGAGCAGGAACCGGAAGAUGUUGGACCGGCAACGAUGACACCACCACGAUCACCGAUUGUCGUCGUAUCGCAGCCUUCUUCGAUCGUCGCUCGGCAGCAUACGCCUGAGAGUAACAACCACAACCACAACCACAACCACCACCAUCAUCAUCAUCAGCAGCGACAGGAGCACCAGCAGCAGCAGCAGCAGCAGCAGCCAGUGCCGCUGCAUCAGGACAAUCCGAUCGAUUUGAGUAUGAAGACGGGUAGUAGCUGCACAUCCGGAGAAGAUCGACGAUCGUCAAUGUCGGGCGCCGAAUCGAACGGAUCCGACGAUGAAGCUCACGCCGAAAGUGGCCGUUCAUCGUCCGGACUGGAUAAGUACAAGUAUGCGGUUGCUGCUGCUGCUGCGGCGGCGGCAGCGGCUGCUGCGGCUACUGCUACGGUGACCACCACCGGUGUUCCCGGUAAAACGACUCCUAACAACAACAAUAACAACAACAACAAUAUUAUCAGCAAUAACCACGAACCACACCACAAACGGCACCAACCGUCGUCGUCGUCGUCACCAUCGUCGCCGCGCUGUCACGAACCAUCACUGACACCUUCGCCACCAACUCAGCAACGUCUUGCGUCACCACCGCAACCGGAAUCACCGCCACUGGUCCGAUCGUCGGUGCACCACCAUCGGCACCAGCAUCUGCAGCAGCAGCAGCUUCACCAUCAUCACCAUCUGCAGCACCUUCGGCAUCGCCACGCAAUCGGUACGCACCAUCAUGGUGGUAGUGGCAGUGAGUCAGACCUAGAACCGGAAGAGACCGAGUAUGAGCGUGAGGUGAAGCGAAUGAAGCUGCAAGGUACCACACCGCUCGAUCUGACAACCAAGGUUUGAGGACACACACAAAAGCGAAAUGGUAGCCGAGCGAAAGCACACGCACACAGUAAGCCACAGCAGUGAUAACUGUUAUCGCGCGUGAGUGAGAAGAAGUUUGUGAGCUCGCAAGAACGAAAACAGCAAUAUCGACUCAUUGUAUGACGAGAAAAAACCUUUAGGCUGACCCCCGCCCUCCCGGGGUAGGCAGCACAUUACCAAAGAUCGGUUGGCUUAGAAGAAUAGGCCCCCCGAUAGUGAUCAUGACUCAUGGCCAUGAUCGGGAAGAUUGUAAAUAUUUUACAGCGAUAGCGUUGUGAGCCCUGCUGGUGCUUAGGAAACAGAUUUAAGCGAUUCAGUAGCUAGUGAAUGUGAACCCUUUUUGUUUAUUUUGCAAUGUCUGCACUCGGCAGCGAACGAGUGAAGAGAGAAUACCAUGACAGUACUAGAACCAGAACAGGGACAGCGUCCAGCAUCCCUGUUGACCCUGUUUGCUUGUUGGAUAGGAAAUUGUUUAAAGUAGUAGCGUGAACAACAACAUGUGCCAGUAUUCUGUGGAUUAUAUACCAUGCAUUGUGUGUAUGUGUGUGUGUGUGUGUGUUAGCAUUAUCUGUUCAAACCCCAGGACACAGUGGCCAGUAGCAGAUACCACGUUGUAACGUGCCGCAGGCAUGACAUUUAGCACUGCAUUAUAGGUCGUCGUCGCCGUCGCUGUCGCCGUCGUUGUCGGUGCUCCUCUAAAGCAAACAUUCGACUCGACGCGCAUGUCCCAUGUAGCUUAAUUUAUACCAAUUAUCACAUUUACCAAACACAAUUAUGCGGCACACUUUAGGGCGGUUUGAGCUUAAUAGAUGAUAUAUUAGCAUCUCUUUUUCCGGAACACUCAAACGUUCCGCGUCGAAGCGAGGAAUCUCCUCUGCAACUGUGCAGACGGCGGGGGAAGGGGACACGAGUGCUGACACCAAAGCAGCUUCUACAGUUCCCACACACUGUGCCACUGCACUGCAUACGGUGAGAGUGCUGUGCGGUUAAAUGUGUCGUAUUCAAAUCGAGAAUGUGAUUAACUGUAAGCUGCUCGAAUAUGCACAUAAAACGCACCCUUGACAGCGGUACAUUUUUAUUCGAAGCAAACGUUAUCCUCCUUCUUUCCUAAGACAAAUGUUACCCCUAUGCGUUGCGCCAAAUUGAUCUUUAUCCCCCUACUAUGGCCCCCCUCUCCCAAAAUACUAUGUCCUAUUUAUGAAAAAAACAAAAGCAAAAGAACGGACAGUCGCCGUUGGUUCCGCUUAGACGAUAGUUGCAACUGUUAUUAAAUGUUGAGUGUAAGAUUAGUUAAAAUUUUAGCAUAGCUUAUCGAGUGUGACCACCAAUUAGAGAAGAAUCGUGUAGAUUUAAAUUAAAUUUACCUUCCCCCCAUCACGUUAUAAUAAACAAUGGCGCCCAUUUUUAUCGACAUCGAAGAAAAGGAUGGAUGGAGGCAUCAGUUCGUUUAGCUUAGGUUUAGCACGAAGCCCCCUAGGAAGAAUGUUAUGGAAGAGAGCGAAAGAUAUAAAAAAUGUGGAAAAAAUAAACA